AUGGUCUCCGCAUCUAAGGCUGCUCGUGAGGCCAAGCGUGCCGCCGCCGGCAAGGAGAAGAAGACUCCCGCCAGCAAGGUCGCCUCCAAGAACGCCUCCAAGAACGGCUCCGAGGCCUCGUCAGUCGCCGGUGAUGAGUCCCCUCCGCUUGUCGAUGCCGACGAACAAAACGGCAACAGCGCCGUACUGACGAAGAUGGAGAAGAUGGCGUUGCAGGAGGAUAAGGACGGCAUCUCAGACAGAGUUACCACGGGUGUGCUCGCCUCGCUCGCCGCCAGCAGAGACGUCAAGAUCACAUCCGCCUCGCUCGUGUUCCACGGCAAGGUCCUGUUCAACGAUACCACCAUCGAGGUCAACUAUGGCCGCCGAUAUGGUCUGCUUGGUGAGAACGGUUGCGGAAAGUCCACACUCCUCAAGGCUAUCGCCAAGCGCGAAUUCCCCUUCCCCGACCACAUCGACAUCUACCUCCUCAACGAGGGCGCCGAGCCUUCCGAGACUGGCGCUCUCCAGUGGGUCGUCAACCAGGCAGAAGCUGAGAUGAAGAGAUUGGAAGACUUGUCGGAGAGAAUCUUGGAGGAUGAAGGACCGGACAGCCCCAAGCUCGAGGACCUGUACGAACGCAUCGAUAGCAUGGAUCCCUCUACUUUCCACACCCGAGCCGGCCUGAUCUUGACUGGUCUGGGUUUCAACAAGAAGACAAUGGACAAGAAGACCAAGGACAUGUCCGGUGGUUGGCGUAUGCGUGUUGCGCUGGCUAAGGCACUUUUCGUCAGACCAUCUCUGCUCUUGCUCGACGACCCAACUGCUCACUUGGAUCUUGAAGCUUGUGUGUGGCUAGAAGAAUACCUGAAGAAGUGGGAUCGCACACUCAUCCUUGUCUCGCACUCCAUGGAUUUCCUUAACGGUGUCUGCACCACCAUGAUUGAUAUGCGCUUCAAGAGCCUCCUGUACUACGGUGGUAACUACGACUCGUACAUCAAGACCAGAUCCGAGAACGAGGUCAACCAGCAGAAGGCAUAUGAGAAGCAGCAAGAAGAGAUCAAGCACAUCAAGGAGUUCAUUGCAAAGGCUGGUACCUACGCCAACUUGGUGCGACAGGCCAAGUCGCGCCAAAAGAUUCUGGACAAGAUGGAGGCCGACGGUUUCAUUCAGCCAGUACACCAGGAUCGUGUCUUCACCUUCCGCUUCGCCGACGUCGAGAAGCUCCCUCCACCUGUGCUCUCCCUUGACGACGUCACCUUCUCUUACUCCGGCAAGGCCGAGGACAAUUUGUACGAGAACCUUGACUUCGGUGUCGACAUGGACAGCAGAACGGCACUGGUGGGUCCAAACGGUGUCGGAAAGUCGACUCUCCUCCGUAUCUUCACUGGUGCUCUCUCGCCCACGUCCGGAUCCGUCUCGCGACACACUCACUUGAAGCUGGGCAUGUACUCUCAGCACUCCGCCGAGCAGCUUGACCUGACCAAGUCCGCCCUCGAAUUCGUCCGUGACAAGUACCCCAAGAUCUCCCAGGAUUACCAGUACUGGCGGCAACAGCUCGGCCGCUACGGUCUGUCCGGAGAGGCACAGACUGCUAUCAUGGGCACCCUUUCUGAGGGCCAAAAGAGCCGUAUCGUGUUUGCUUUGCUCGCUAUCGAAGGACCCAACAUGCUUCUGCUGGACGAGCCUACCAACGGUCUGGAUAUCCCUACUAUUGACUCUCUUGCUGACGCCAUCAACGCUUUCACUGGUGGUGUUGUUGUCGUGUCUCACGACUUCAGGUAUGUCCAUCACGUCCUUGAUCUCCAUACUCAUUUUACUAAUCUUCGGACAGACUGCUCGACAAGAUUGCCAAGGAUAUCAUGGUGUGCGAAAAGAAGACCGUCACACGGUGGGAAGGUAGCAUUGGCGACUACAAGAACCACCUGCGGAAGAAGAUGAUUGCUAGCGGCAGUGUUUAG